UAACUCUUCUUAUUGUCAUUCUCCAAAGCCUAAAUAGCAAGAGAUAAUAAUGUCUUCACUGUUGGGACAGCUGCCUUCCAUCACCACCCUCUUGUCCAUCUAUGCCUCCGUCUCCGCCAUGGCCAUGCUACUUCGCACAAUGUUGAAUGAAAUGAUCCCCUACCGAAUGCAAAACUAUAUUUCCUCUAAAUUCUUUGACUUGGCCUCUCGUUGUCUUUCCUCUGACUUCACUUUCAUUAUCGAGCAACGUUGGCAAGCUCUUAAUAACGAAACAUUCCGCGUCGUCGAAGCCUAUUUGCCUACUAGGAUCGGCCCCUCAACAGAUAGUCUGUUGAUUGGAUCCAACGAACCCCUAAAUCCCAGAGUGCCACCAAAAAAAAGCAUUCCCGUUGAUUGCAAGAUCAUUGAUGAAUUCCAUGGCAUGCGCUUAGAAUGGACCCUUCGUUCUAUUGACUCCAAAAAGUACUUCCCUCGCGAAAAAAGAUACUUCCGCUUGACCUGUAAGAAAGGUGACAGAGAUAGAGUAAUGCAAAGCUACUUCCCUCACAUUGCGAAAACGGCACAAUCCAUCUUGAACAAGCGUGAGACCCUCAACAUCUACACCUACGAUCAAGAAUCUUCCAUGUGGGAAUCCACAGUUUUUAAGCACCCUGCAACCUUUGACACUAUUGCUAUGGAACCAAAGCUGAAGCAGUUCAUAAUGGAAGACCUUGACUCAUUUGUUGCACGCAAGGAUUUCUUUGAGGGAGUUGGCAGGGCUUGGAAACGAGGGUACCUUCUUUAUGGUCCACCGGGGACAGGGAAAUCUUCACUGGUCGCUGCAAUUGCAAACCACUUGAGAUACAAUAUAUACGAUCUUCAAGUCCAAAGUGCUCGAAGUGACGCUGACUUAAGACAUAUACUAACUUCUACCACAAACAGGUCCAUUCUCCUUAUUGAGGACAUAGACUGUGGCACAAAAGUCUCUCAUGAUCGUGCCAAGGUUCAAGAUGAUCAAGAAGAUAAGGACGAUGAGCAACCAAAUCGCAUUUCUCCUAAUGAUCCUGGGGUAACAUUUUCAGGUUUACUCAACUUCCUAGAUGGCUUAUGGUCGAGCUGUGGGGAUGAGAGGAUCAUCAUCUUCACCACAAAUCAUAAAGAGAAGUUGGAUCCAGCUCUGUUGCGCCCAGGACGAAUGGAUGUUCACAUUUACAUGGGCUAUUGCUCUCCUGCUGGAUUUAGAAAGCUUGCAGCUACAUAUCUUGGAAUCAAAGACCAUUCCUCCUUUGUUACUAUUGAAAAUCUUUUAGAAAGUACGACAGUCACUCCAGCAGAAGUAGCACAGCAGCUCAUGAAGAGUGACGAGCCUAAAGCUGUACUGGAAAGCUUCAUCGACUUUCUUCGCAGGAAAAGGAAUGAAGAAACUCGGGAAGCUGGGGCUCCUCCUAUUCAGAAACAGGAUGGAAAAGAAAGCUGAAGCUGAAGUAGCUCUUUUAUGUUUGUUCUAGUAUCAAUUGGUAUUCAAAUAGUGUAAAAGUAAAUUCCUGAUUCAGGUUGAUUGUAUUAAAUUCCUCACAUCUUGCUUAUGAUGAAUGAAGAUUGUAAUAAGAAAAUUGAAAUGCUCAAUUUGGUAAUGACAUCUUUUUAUUAUUAGGGUUAGCCAAUCAGUUUAUUAGACAGCGGGCAGAGAAAUGGUAUUAGUUGUGUAAUUUACA